AUGGAUUAGCAAGCGAUGACUAAUGCCCUUGGAAAUUUAAGUAUAAUAUUAUGUUUCUAUUAAAAAGAGCGGCAGAGUGAGAAUCGUUAGCAAUAGAAACAAUAAGCUAAUAUACCAGAUUAACAAACUGAGAGUAAUAUUUAUAAUGAUGAUUUUGAUGGCGAUGGUGAUGAUGCUAUUCUUAAUGUUAUAAAAAGUAAUGGGUUAACUUUUGUUUAGCUGCCCAGGAAUCAAAAUCUAAACCAUAACCAUAAUCAUAAUAGUAAAAAAGACCUGAAUCUUCUAAUAAAAGAAUUGCCUCUAUGCCUAAGAAGAAACCUUAUUAAUUUAAUAAAUUGAAUGAUGGAGAGAAAGAGAAAUUAUUCUUAGAUGUUUAUGAUGAGAAUAUAAAAUUAAAAGAAAAUUAAGUAAAAUUUGAAAAAAUGUAUGUGACUAUGGAAGUUAAAUUAUAAUAAAUGUAAAAAUUUAUGGGAAAUAAAACUGUUGGUGCAGGAGAAACUAGUGAAUCUAACAAUUAAUUAGUAUCAAAAGUAAAUAAUUUGGAAACUGAAAAUGAAAAAUUAAAAUAAAAAAUAUAAGCUAUUUCUUAAGCAUAAAGAGUUGUUGUUGCACAUUAACCUAUGAAAAAAAAGAAAUUAGUAUAAGCAGAUAGACCAGAUAUUGAAUAAACUGGAAUAAGAGGAGGUUAAUUUGUAGAUUAAUAAAAUCAAAUAAAACAAUUGUUAGAUUUAAAUGAUAAAUUAAAGAAAAGAUUACUUGAAUAAGAAGCAUAAUUUAGAUAACUUUAAGCAAUGAUGAAUUCUAAAAUUGUUAAUCAAUAGGAAUUAAGUUAAAAAAAUGCUUAAUUUGUAACACUUUAAGAAAGAUGUAAUAAAUUAGAAUCUAAUUUAAAUGGUAUGAGAACAUAAUUAGAUGAUGAACGUAAAAGAUAGAGUGAAAUUAUGAUGCUCUUAAGAGAAGAAAAAGAAAAGAAUCAUUUAUUAGAAGGAUAAGUUAGAUCUAUGGAAUUAGCAUAAAAAAGUGUUGUUGAUUUAUAAGCAGAUUUAUAAGAAGCAAGAAGAUAAAAGAAGGAGAUUGAAGAAAGAUUAGCAAUUUUAAUGGAAUCACCAUUUUUUAAGGAAUAUAAUGAAAGAGCUACUAUAUAAGCUAAAAUGAAAGCUAUGGAAUAAGAAUAAAUAAGGAAUACUACAGAUUUAAAGAAUUUAAGAGAAACUAAUGCUAAGUUAGAAACAGAAAAUAGAUUGAAAAGAGAAGAUAUUGAAAAUCUUAAAAAAGAAUUAAAAUUAUUAUAAGAGAGAAAUUAAGAAUUAAAUAUAAAGAUGGCAGAAAAAGAUUAAUAAUUACUUCCAUUUAAAGAUUUAAAUUAUUGGGAUAAUGAUUAAUUUUUAAAAGUGUUAGGUAAUUUAAAAUGGACUGGAGAAGAUCCUGCAUGGAGAAAAAUAGAAUUUAUAGAUCGUACUUAUAUGGAUUCUGAUGAUCCUGUUUAUUUAAGAAAAGAGAUUGAACAUUUAAAACUUGAAAAAGGAGAAUUGGCUGCACAUUUAGAGAAAACAUAAACUUUACUUAAGAAUUAAUAAGAUAUAUAAAUGGAAAAAGAUAAAAUGCAUUAGACAUAAAUAGAAUAAUUAAAAUUGGAAUUAAAGGUUGCAAAUGAGAAAGCAUAUGAAUAUGCAAAAAUAGCUGAUCUUAAAACUUAAGCAAGAUAAUAAUAAACAUUGUAUGAAGCUGAAGGAAUCAAAUAUGAUGAUUCUAUAUCUGUAUUNAUGGAAGUUAAAUUAUAAUAAAUGUAAAAAUUUAUGGGAAAUAAAACUGUUGGUGCAGGAGAAACUAGUGAAUCUAACAAUUAAUUAGUAUCAAAAGUAAAUAAUUUGGAAACUGAAAAUGAAAAAUUAAAAUAAAAAAUAUAAGCUAUUUCUUAAGCAUAAAGAGUUGUUGUUGCACAUUAACCUAUGAAAAAAAAGAAAUUAGUAUAAGCAGAUAGACCAGAUAUUGAAUAAACUGGAAUAAGAGGAGGUUAAUUUGUAGAUUAAUAAAAUCAAAUAAAAUAAUUGUUAGAUUUAAAUGAUAAAUUAAAGAAAAGAUUACUUGAAUAAGAAGCAUAAUUUAGAUAACUUUAAGCAAUGAUGAAUUCUAAAAUUGUUAAUCAAUAGGAAUUAAGUUAAAAAAAUGCUUAAUUUGUAACACUUUAAGAAAGAUGUAAUAAAUUAGAAUCUAAUUUAAAUGGUAUGAGAACAUAAUUAGAUGAUGAACGUAAAAGAUAGAGUGAAAUUAUGAUGCUCUUAAGAGAAGAAAAAGAAAAGAAUCAUUUAUUAGAAGGAUAAGUUAGAUCUAUGGAAUUAGCAUAAAAAAGUGUUGUUGAUUUAUAAGCAGAUUUAUAAGAAGCAAGAAGAUAAAAGAAGGAGAUUGAAGAAAGAUUAGCAAUUUUAAUGGAAUCACCAUUUUUUAAAGAAUAUAAUGAAAGAGCUACUAUAUAAGCUAAAAUGAAAGCUAUGGAAUAAGAAUAAAUAAGGAAUGCUACAGAUUUAAAGAAUUUAAGAGAAACUAAUGCUAAGUUAGAAACAGAAAAUAGAUUGAAAAGAGAAGAUAUUGAAAAUCUUAAAAAAGAAUUAAAAUUAUUAUAAGAGAGAAAUUAAGAAUUAAAUAUAAAGAUGGCAGAAAAAGAUUAAUAAUUACUUCCAUUUAAAGAUUUAAAUUAUUGGGAUAAUGAUUAAUUUUUAAAAGUGUUAGGUAAUUUAAAAUGGACUGGAGAAGAUCCUGCAUGGAGAAAAAUAGAAUUUAUAGAUCGUACUUAUAUGGAUUCUGAUGAUCCUGUUUAUUUGAGAAAAGAGAUUGAACAUUUAAAACUUGAAAAAGGAGAAUUGGCUGCACAUUUAGAAAAAACAUAAACUUUACUUAAGAAUUAAUAAGAUAUAUAAAUGGAAAAAGAUAAAAUGCAUUAGACAUAAAUAGAAUAAUUAAAAUUGGAAUUAAAGGUUGCAAAUGAGAAAGCAUAUGAAUAUGCAAAAAUAGCUGAUCUUAAAACUUAAGCAAGAUAAUAAUAAACAUUGUAUGAAGCUGAAGGAAUCAAAUAUGAUGAUUCUAUAUCUGUAUUCUCAGUUGACAAAGAUGAAAUGUUAUCUCCAGGAGAGAAUUUCUUUGAUUUAUGGAUUGGCAAAGGAGAAUAUUAACCUGCUGAAUUAGUAUCUUCAUAUAAGACUUCUACUCAAUUAAAUUUGGAUCUUGGAAGUCUAUUGACAUUUGUUACAAUUGAUUUCUAUGAUCAUGAAACAUAACAUACAAGUGUAUCAGAAGGAACAUCAUGUUUUUAUAAUUUAUAAAUAAGUUUUAAAGUUGAUGCUGAUGCUAACUUUAUUUAAUAUCUUGAAAGCAAUUAUUUAAAAUUAGAACUUUAUGUUAGUUAAGGUAGUGAACCUACAAAAAUUGGAUCAGGAUUAAUUUAAUUGAAAGAUUUAGUUUAUGAGAAUAAAAAUGAUACAAUUAGUAAAGUUAUUAGUGGAUCUCUUACUUUUCAUGGAAUCAAUAAUUAAAUGAUAGGAAUAGUUGAAUUUAAAGCAAGAAUGAGAUUUCCAAUUUCAAAUUUUAUACGUUUAUUAAAAGAAAGAAACUAAUUAUAGAUGUAAGAAUUUGAUGAUGCUGAAGAAAUAGUUGCAGUAAGAAAAAGAAAACUUGUAAUAUGUAUUGAAAAAGGUACAUCUCUUCCUUCUAAAUCUAAUUGUUUNUGGAAUUAGCAUAAAAAAGUGUUGUUGAUUUAUAAGCAGAUUUAUAAGAAGCAAGAAGAUAAAAGAAGGAGAUUGAAGAAAGAUUAGCAAUUUUAAUGGAAUCACCAUUUUUUAAGGAAUAUAAUGAAAGAGCUACUAUAUAAGCUAAAAUGAAAGCUAUGGAAUAAGAAUAAAUAAGGAAUACUACAGAUUUAAAGAAUUUAAGAGAAACUAAUGCUAAGUUAGAAACAGAAAAUAGAUUGAAAAGAGAAGAUAUUGAAAAUCUUAAAAAAGAAUUAAAAUUAUUAUAAGAGAGAAAUUAAGAAUUAAAUAUAAAGAUGGCAGAAAAAGAUUAGUAAUUACUUCCAUUUAAAGAUUUAAAUUAUUGGGAUAAUGAUUAAUUUUUAAAAGUGUUAGGUAAUCUAAAAUGGACUGGAGAAGAUCCUGCAUGGAGAAAAAUAGAAUUUAUAGAUCGUACUUAUAUGGAUUCUGAUGAUCCUGUUUAUUUGAGAAAAGAGAUUGAACAUUUAAAACUUGAAAAAGGAGAAUUGGCUGCACAUUUAGAAAAAACAUAAACUUUACUUAAGAAUUAAUAAGAUAUAUAAAUGGAAAAAGAUAAAAUGCAUUAGACAUAAAUAGAAUAAUUAAAAUUGGAAUUAAAGGUUGCAAAUGAGAAAGCAUAUGAAUAUGCAAAAAUAGCUGAUCUUAAAACUUAAGCAAGAUAAUAAUAAACAUUGUAUGAAGCUGAAGGAAUCAAAUAUGAUGAUUCUAUAUCUGUAUUCUCAGUUGACAAAGAUGAAAUGUUAUCUCCAGGAGAGAAUUUCUUUGAUUUAUGGAUUGGUAAAGGAGAAUAUUAACCUGCUGAAUUAGUAUCUUCAUAUAAGACUUCUACUUAAUUAAAUUUGGAUCUUGGAAGUCUAUUGACAUUUGUUACAAUUGAUUUCUAUGAUCAUGAAACACAACAUACAAGUGUAUCAGAAGGAACAUCAUGUUUUUAUAAUUUAUAAAUAAGUUUUAAAGUAGAUGCUGAUGCUAACUUUAUUUAAUAUCUUGAAAGCAAUUAUUUAAAAUUAGAACUUUAUGUUAGUUAAGGUAGUGAACCUACAAAGAUUGGAUCAGGAUUAAUUUAAUUGAAAGAUUUAGUUUAUGAGAAUAAAAAUGAUACAAUAAGUAAAGUUAUUAGUGGAUCUCUUACUUUUCAUGGAAUCAAUAAUUAAAUGAUAGGAAUAGUGGAAUAUAAAGCAAGAAUGAGAUUUCCAAUUUCAAAUUUUAUACGUUUAUUAAAAGAAAGAAACUAAUUAUAGAUGUAAGAAUUUGAUGAUGCUGAAGAAAUAGUUGCAGUAAGAAAAAGAAAACUUGUAAUAUGUAUUGAAAAAGGUACAUCUCUUCCUUCUAAAUCUAAUUGUUUUAUUUAUUAUAAUUUUGAUACUAAAGAUUUUCAUACCAAUACUUAAAUGGGAUCUAAUCCAAAAUGGGAUUAUAGAAUGGUUCAUGAUAUUGUAUAUAAUGAAAUGGUAGUCAAUUAAUUUAAUAGAAUGCCUUUAGAAUUAUAUAUCAUUGAUGAUAAUCAACCUUUAGUAGAAGGAUCAAAUGAUAAAGUGGGAUUCUGUUUAAUAGAUUUAUCUCCUUUAGUUAAAAAUCAAAUGAUUGAUUUAGCAGCAGAAGUCAAAAAUGAUGAUGGAGAUAAAGUAGCAUCAGUUUAUGUUAAAAUCUUUUGGUAUGACAUAAAGGAUGAAGAUACAUUAAAUUAAUAGAGAUCUAUGAUUGCAGAAUCUUGGGAAGAAAAUAUAACUCAUAAAAUAAGUUCAGAAAUGAGAUCUAGAGGAUUAUUGGGCAUUACUGCUUUUAGAGUAUUUGAUAAGGAUUAAGAUUAAAUUAUCACUUUUGAAGAUUUUGCUAAUGGUUUAAAGAAUGUAUUAAAUAUUAAAAUGAAUCCUUAAGAAAUGUAAGUUUAUUAUUCAAAAUUACCAUAACCAUUAAAUUAAUAAAAAUUUUAAGAGUUUUUCCGUUUGUAAUCUAAUGAGAGUAUUAUGUAUGAAGCAGGUUUUAAAUCAUAAUAUCAAACAUAAGAAUUAUCAUCAAUAAAUUAAUUAAUGUAAUAAAACACUAUGUAAUUGUAAAGAACUUAAUUAGAAUAGAUUCAUAAUUCUAUUUAUGAUUUAUUGAAAAGAAAACUAUCUUAUGGUAAAUCAGUUUAAGAAUUAUUUAUGGAAAUUGACUCUGUUAAACCUGAUGGACAAUUAACUAUUGAUGAAUUACAAAAAUAUUUCUAAUAAAAUAGUUUACUCAUACCAAUUGCUUAAUUAAGAGAUUUUUUAAAAUUUUAUAUGGAUAUUAAUAAUGAUCAAUUAAUUAAUUUUAGGGAAUUUACAAAUUUCUUUAAAUUGAUUCCCACUUCAUAAUAAUAAUAAGUAUAUUCAUAAGCUUCUUUUCAAUAAAUCAAUAAUUAAAGAGUAUAGUCUAAUUUUCCAAGUAUAUAAGAUACUUAAAUAUCUCAAUCUCCAAUUGAUAUAGCAAUUACAGCAAUUCUUAAUUAUGGUUAAGCAAGAUAAUGGACUUUAAUGUAGGUAAGAGAAUUUAUGGAUGAAAACAGAAAUAGUUUUAUUGAAGCAAAUGAAAUGAAAAAGUUUCUUAUAUAAUUUGGAGUUCAUAAAAAUUUACAAAAUGGUGAUGAUGAUAUAAGAUAAAUUAUAGCAUUUUUUGAUAUCAAUCAUGAUGGAAGAAUUUCCAUUUCUGAAUUUGCAGAUACAUUAAAUAUGUAUAAUAAUAAAUUAUAGAUUAUUAAAGUAUAACCAACUCAAUAAAAUAUUUAAAAUUAUGUUAUUAGUUAUCUUAUUACUUAUAUGAGAAAGAAUAGAAAGACUGUUCCAGAAUUAUUUAAUGAUAUUGAUUAAGAUGGAAAUGGUUAUUUAUCAAAAGUUGAAUUAAAAGGCAUAUUUAAAAAUAAAAUUGUAAUCUAAUUUAAUCUAUAUAUUAGUUGGUACCUGUAGAUGAUUUUGAAUUAAAUGAGUUAUUUAUGGAAUUUGAUAAAAAUAGAGAUGGCAAUAUUAGUAUAUCAGAAUUUUUAUAAAUUGUAAAACCUGCACUUGAUUAAGAUAAAAAUGAGCAUUAAUUUAAUUAAUAAGCAAUUGAUAAAGAAAAGGUUGCUCGAAAAGCAGAAGAAAUAUGUUUUAAAAAUGCUAGAGUUCUUCAAUAAGCAUUUCAAUCUAAAGCUCAAAAGCCUGGUUAUGUAACUGAAACAUAGUUCAAAUAAACUCUUAGAGAAUAGAAAGUUGGAUUCACUCCAAAUGAAAUUGAUGAUUUAACAGUAAAUUUAUUAAAUUUUAACUUUUAGUUAUAUGUGGUUUAACCAGAAAAUGGAAUGAUAAAUUACAAUUAAUUCUUAGAUCUUGGAAAACUAAGAGGUGCAUAACAGUCUGAUAUAUUUGGCUAAACUAGUAGAUCAGGCUUUGGUUCUUUAAGUUAAAUAGAAUAGGAGAGAGCCAUAGGUAAAGCUAAAGAAGUAUUAAAUAAUAUAUUAUAUUAGGUUUUCAAUAGAAUAUCAAGAGCUGUUAAAAAUAAAUAUACUCCUUAACAACUUUUUGCAACUUUUGAUAAGGAUUCAAAUGGAAAAAUUAAUAAAGCAGAAUUAGCAGAAGUAUUCUCAAAGAUGAGAAUUAGAAAUCUUGAUAAAGAUGAUGUUGAACUAAUCUUCAAAGCAUUAGACAGAGAUGAGGAUGGAUCUAUUGAUGUUAAGGAAUUCAUUAAAUACCUAGAAUGAUAAAAUAUUAUUCAUUUAUAAAAAUAAA